CUCAACAGAGGGCGCUGUGUUUUCAUGCCAGGUCAUCUCGCUGCCCUUGAAGUUGAACUGAGCAAACUUUUUAGCUGGAACUGCCGGCCGUUCGCGUCAAGAGCUGAAGAAAGUGACUCCGUGAAAUGGCUAAGCUCAGAUUUGAUGGGCGUGUUGCACUCAUCACCGGUGCAGGUGGAGGCCUUGGAAGGGAAUAUGCCUUGAUGUUUGCUGCUCGAGGUGCUUCAGUAGUUGUGAAUGACCUCGGAGUGGACAGGCAAGGUAAAGGGACGGGCACCAAGAUGGCCGACAAGGUCGUGGAGGAGAUCCGGGCUAAAGGAGGCAAAGCAGUGGCCAACUACGAUUCUGUUGAAGAUGGAGAAAAACUUGUUCAGACUGCACUGGACAACUUUGGCCGAAUUGAUAUUGUCGUCAACAAUGCUGGCAUCAUUAGGGAUCGCUCCUUUGCCAGAAUCAGCGAUACGGACUGGGAUCUGAUUCACAAGGUGCACCUUCGAGGGUCCUUCCUGGUGACUCGUGCCGCCUGGCCCCACAUGAAGAAGCAGAAAUACGGCCGCAUCAUCAUGACAUCAUCAGCAUCUGGAUUGUACGGCAACUUUGGCCAGGCCAACUACAGUGCUGCCAAAAUGGGUCUUGUCGGGUUGUCCAGCACUGUGUCAAUAGAGGGCGCCAAAUACAACAUCACCUGCAACACCAUUGCACCCAUAGCCGCCUCCAGGCUCACUGAAGACAUCAUGCCUGAAGAGAUUUUCAACCUGAUGAAGCCAGAGUACAUUGCUCCCGUCGUGCUUUACCUGUGCCAUGAGGACUGCACGGAGACCCACGGCAUAUUUGAAGCUGGGGCAGGCUGGGUUGGACAAGUCAAGAUCCAGAGAGGGAAGGGUGUAGUUUGCUCGACUGAAGCGGAAAUGCUCACGCCAGAAGCAGUUCGAGACAACUGGGCUUCUGUCUGUGAUGUGAGUGAGUGUGACUACCCAAACGCAGCCGGAGAGAGUACUUUUUUGGUUGUACAAUCCCAUGAGGAGACCAAGAAUCAGCCUGCAAAACGCCGCAUUGUCAGGUCCAGCACAGCAGCCGAUGGUGGAUUCAAUCCGGACCUUGCCAUAGGUCAGAAGUUUCCGUCUAGCCACGUCACUGUCUCUCCAAAUGAUGUCAUCCUGUAUGCUUUAGGAGUGGGUGCAUCCACAGUUCAGCCCGAUCACCUCAAGUUCCUUUUUGAGCUGAGUGAGGAUUUCAGCACCCUGCCUUCCUACGGCGUGAUCCUGGGACAGAAGGGAAUGGCUAAUCUCUUCAUGGGGAGCGUCCCCGGUCUGCAAGAUAUAGACAUCACUAAGAUUCUUCACGGGGAGCAGUUCCUAGAAGUCUAUAAGCCUAUCCCUACGUCUGGUACCUUGUCUAGUCAAUGUGAAGUCGCUGAUAUCCUGGAUAAGGGAUCUGGUGCUCUCAUCCUGAUAGAUGCUAAGGUCUACGACGAGAACAAAGAGCUUGUGUGUUCCAGCCAGGCGUCCAUUUUCCUCGUUGGAGCGGGCGGCUACGGUGGAAAGAAGACAUCCAACAAAGUCAAGGCAACCGUUAAGCCCCCAACACGUGCUCCCGAUGCCUCCAUAAAGGAAACGACCACUAAGGAUCAGGCCGCCGUCUAUCGCUUGACCGGGGACGCCAACCCACUCCACAUUGACCCAUCAUUUGCUGCCAUGGGAGGUUUUGCUCAGCCCAUCUUGCACGGUCUCUGCUCCUUCGGUUUUUCUUGUCGCCACGUCCUGAAGCAGUACGCCGACAACGACGUCACCAAAUUUAAGUCUGUUAAGUGCCGCUUUGCUAAGCCUGUUCUGCCGGGUCAGACCAUUCAAACUGACAUGUGGAGAGAAGGCAACCGCAUCCAUUUCCAAACUAAGGUUGCUGAGACAGGAACUGUGGUGAUCUCAGGGGCUUAUGUGGACAUGAUCAACCUUGCUCCCCAGCCUGCAGCUACAGAGCCAUCAUCGGCCGGAGGCCUGCAGUCUGAUCUGCUCUUCCAGGAGAUGAGCCGUCAGCUUCCCAACAACCCUGACGUAGCCAAGAAAGCUAAGGGGGUGUUCUUGUACAACCUCUCCAAGGGAGGCAAACAGGCAGGCCAGUGGACUGUUGAUAUGAAGACUCCAGGCGGUGCUGUGUACAAAGGUACGCCCAAGAACGGCAAACCUGACGUCACUGUAAACAUGUCAGACGAAGACUUUGUGGCCAUAGCCGCUGGCAAACUCAACCCUCAGCAGGCUUUCAUGUCGGGUCGCCUCAAGGUCAAAGGUAACAUCAUGUUGCUGCAGAAGAUGACCCAACUGCUGAUGACCAACGCUAAGCUGUAGACAACCCAAGCCAAAGUCCAGAACACCCCAGCCAAGAUCUAGGUUGCCCUAGCCGAGCAAGGCUGGGGUGUGUGGGACGAUAGCCACCUGACACUUAACAAAUCUACCUGAAUACAGGUGGUAUAAUUAUCGUUAAAGCCCUAAGGAUCAUUUGCAAUUAGCCGGAAUAGUACCUACCGAUAUAACAACUCAAACCUUGCUACAAGUGACUAUAGGACUAGUACCAACUGCCCAUUAUUAUUCCACCUGAAAUGGUGAUGUUUGGAAGGAAACUAUAAUUGAAGGUGGUUUCAAUAAGGCCAACAAAAAUAAGUCUCCAGUUUCUGGUAUGCGCACCCGUCGCCGUAGCCAUGCGCG